UCGGGCUUGCGGUGAGAUAGAAGUGUUUCUAAGCAGUUGCGGAGCUGCUUUUAUACUUCUUAUUUUAUAGGAUUCGGGGAAAGCCUAGCGUGCCAAAACCAGAUCUACAAGCACUCGCUCGAAACUCCAACCCUUGAUCUUUCUAUCAUGAUUAUAGCAACAUAUGUCCCUCAUUUUCCGGCGAACGCGCUUUUUGCGGGAAGCUAACAAGCAGUUAAGGCCGUUCCAGUCGUUUGAGACUGCUUACAGUCGUUCGAUUUCGCCAUUUGGCUUUUACACUUUCGUACCUCAUUAUACAUCAUCUUCUACAAGAAAUAGUAGUACCAUCGGCAUGGCUUCUUCUAAUUCAUCAUUACGAUACGUUGAUAUAGGAAUCAAUCUCGGUGACCCAGUCUUCCGUGGCGAAUACCACGGCACGCAGCGGCACGAGGACGACUUCGAAGAUGUUCUGCAAAGAGGUUUAGACGCCGGAUGCAAGAAAUUCAUGGUCACGGGCUCGGAUCUCGAGGAGUCCAGGCAUGCGAUUGAGAUUGCAAAGAAGUAUCCCGGAACCUGUUACGCCACCGUCGGCGUCCACCCCUGCGCCGCGAAACACUUCGACUCCUACCCCGGCGGCCCUCCCGCCCUGCUCUCCGCACUCAGGGAGCUAGCACAGGAAGCCAAGGCCUCCGGCCACGCAGUAGCCUUUGGAGAAAUCGGGCUUGACUAUGACCGUUUGUUUCUCACUGGCAAAGAGCAGCAACUCAAGUACUUCGAAGCGCAGCUGGAGCUAGCAGUGGAAAUACAGCUACCGCUGUUUCUGCAUUCGCGCGCUGCGAGCGAAGACUUUGAGAGAUUGCUUGGUGCGAAGUUGCCUCAGCUGCCGAAGAGGGGGCUUGUGCAUAGUUUUACGGGGACCGUGGAGGAGAUGAAGAGGAUGGUGGAGAUGGGUUUGGAUGUGGGUGUGAAUGGAUGUAGUAUGAAAACGGAAGAAAACAUCGAAGUAGUUCGCCAGAUUCCGCUCGACCGUCUACAAAUCGAGACAGAUGGUCCGUGGUGCGAGAUGCGGCCCAGCCACGCCUCAGCCAAAUAUCUAAAAGACGCACCUCCACUGCCCAAGGCCGUCAAGAAGGAAAAGUGGACUAAGGGGAUGAUGGUCAAGGGCCGUAAUGAACCUGCCACUAUUCCACAUGUUGCUUAUGCCAUCGCGAAGAUCAAAGGCAUCACGGCGGAGGAGGUGUGCGAAGCGGCGUGGCAUAACUCGAUAAAGAUGUUUGGGUUAGGCGAAACGGUGGAUAGUUGAGGACUUGCGAUUGCAUGCGUCAUAGAGUCCAAAAGGUUCCCAGUAUUUGAGUCUCUCAAACCCGCAUCGGCAUUCAAGAGAUACUAAGGUCGUUUUCCGAACGCAAUGCCUUCGAAUGAGUAAAUCUAAGUUUCAGAGCCGUGUAAUGGCCCGUGGGAGAUGCAAUGUCAAAGUCGAGGGGCAGGAUCGGCUGAGGAAGUUCUUAGUGGACUCAACAGCUUGAAGAAAACUGCUAGUCUGAAAACGUUGAAAAACUACGUAGAGAUAUGUGCAAGGCACUAGCGUACAUCGGUUUAGAACCUUGCUACAUUUGGAUGAAGUUUUAACCGUCUCUAUGCACACA